GCUGCGGCGGCCGCUGCUGCUGCUGGUGCUGCUGCUGCUACACGUUCAGCUGCUGCGGGAAGGAGGCCGAGGCCUGGGCCCAGCCCGGAGCCGCCGCUCGCCGGAGCCCCCUGGAGCCCCCGCGCCGCCUCAGCUUGGGGGCGGGCUCAGGCCCGGCCCGCCGCCGAGCCCCGGAGCGAGGCUGCACGCCCGAAGACCCGGCCGGCGCAGCCAUGGAGGAGGCAUCUCCUUAUUCCUUACUUGAUAUCUGCUUGAAUUUCCUGACGACUCACCUGGAGAAGUUCUGCUUAGCAAGACACGAUGGAACCUUGUGUCUGCAAGAACCUGGAGUAUUCCCUCAGGAGGUGGCUGACCGACUGCUGAAGACCAUGGCUUUUCAUGGUCUACUGAAUGAUGGAACUGUAGGUAUCUUUAGGGGCAACCAGAUGCGCUUAAAGCGAGCUUGCAUUCGCAAAGCCAAGAUCUCUGCUGUUGCUUUCCGGAAAGCCUUCUGCCAUCACAAGUUAGUAGAACUUGAUGCCACGGGUGUGAAUGCUGACAUCACGAUUACAGACAUCAUUAGUGGGCUUGGCAGUAACAAGUGGAUCCAGCAAAAUCUCCAGUGCUUAGUGCUGAACUCAUUAACGCUCUCUCUUGAAGAUCCUUAUGAGCGGUGCUUCAGUCGGCUUUCCGGCCUUCGAGCGUUAAGCAUCACCAAUGUUCUCUUUUACAAUGAAGACCUGGCGGAAGUUGCCUCGUUGCCAAGAUUAGAGAGCCUGGAUAUUUCUAACACCUCAGUCACAGACAUCACUGCUCUGCUGGCAUGUAAAGAUCGACUCAAGUCCCUAACCAUGCACCACUUGAAAUGUUUAAAAAUGACAACUACUCAGAUACUGGAUGUUGUUCGGGAACUAAGACAUCUGAAUCAUCUUGAUAUUUCGGAUGAUAAACAGUUUACGUCGGACAUAGCUCUUCGCUUACUAGAACAGAAGGACAUCCUGCCCAACCUUGUCUCCCUGGAUGUUUCUGGGAGAAAGCAUGUGACAGAUAAAGCUGUUGAAGCCUUUAUACAACAGCGCCCCAGCAUGCAGUUUGUAGGUUUGCUGGCCACUGAUGCUGGUUACUCUGAGUUUCUCACAGGCGAAGGACUUUUAAAGGUAUCUGGAGAAGCCAAUGAAAUUCAAAUUGCAGAAGCACUGAAGCGGUACAGUGAACGGGCAUUCUUUGUUCGGGAAGCUCUUUUCCACCUUUUUAGCCUGACUCAUGUGAUGGAAAAAACAAAACCAGAAAUUUUAAAGCUUGUAGUUACUGGGAUGAGAAAUCAUCCUAUGAACUUGCCGGUGCAAUUGGCUGCAAGUGCUUGUGUGUUUAACUUAACCAAACAGGAUCUUGCUGCAGGAAUGCCUGUCAGACUCCUGGCUGAUGUGACCCAUUUACUGCUCAAAGCCAUGGAACAUUUCCCCAACCAUCAGCAAUUGCAGAAGAAUUGCCUUCUUUCACUUUGCAGUGACCGGAUUCUUCAAGAUGUUCCAUUUAACAGGUUUGAAGCAGCCAAGCUUGUCAUGCAGUGGCUUUGCAACCAUGAAGAUCAAAACAUGCAAAGAAUGGCAGUUGCUAUUAUUUCCAUCCUGGCUGCUAAGCUUUCUACAGAACAGACAGCACAGCUUGGUGCAGAACUCUUCAUUGUCAGACAACUUCUUCAAAUAGUAAAACAAAAAACCAAUCAGAAUUCGGUGGACACUACUUUGAAGUUUACUUUGAGUGCACUUUGGAACCUCACAGAUGAAUCUCCAACCACUUGCAGACACUUUAUUGAAAACCAAGGGUUAGAACUCUUCAUGAGGGUUCUGGAGUCUUUCCCAACUGAGUCAUCCAUUCAACAGAAAGUCCUAGGACUUUUGAAUAAUAUAGCAGAAGUCCAAGAACUACAUUCAGAAUUAAUGUGGAAGGAUUUUAUAGACCAUAUCAGUAGCCUCCUACACAGUGUUGAAGUGGAAGUCAGUUAUUUUGCAGCAGGAAUUAUUGCCCAUCUAAUAUCUAGGGGUGAACAAGCGUGGACAUUAAGUCGUAGCCAGAGGAAUUCUCUUCUGGAUGAUCUGCAUUCAGCUAUUUUGAAAUGGCCAACUCCAGAGUGUGAAAUGGUAGCAUACAGGUCUUUUAAUCCGUUUUUCCCAUUACUUGGAUGUUUCACCACACCAGGAGUUCAGCUGUGGGCAGUUUGGGCCAUGCAACAUGUCUGCAGCAAGAAUCCCUCAAGAUAUUGCAGCAUGCUGAUCGAGGAAGGAGGAUUACAGCAUUUAUACAGCAUCAAAGAACACAAAGAGACUGAUCCCCAUGUCCAGCAGAUUGCAGUGGCCAUCCUGGAUAGCUUGGAGAAACACAUCGUGCGCCAUGGAAGACCACCUCCCUCUAAAAAGCAGUCCCAAGCCAGACUAAAUUGAUAACACUAGGAAGCCGGAUGAUCAAAUUGCAGGCAUCCCUUUUGUGAUAGGUUUCUUUGGACUAUCUUGCCCUGCGUGAAGUUUGGAGUGUUACUUUAACAAGACUUAAAAGAUCUGAUUGGAAUUGCUGAUGUCCAGUAACGUCCAUGCAAAACAGUCUCUAAUUUGUCUCGUGAUUUUUAACAUAAAAGGCAAGAUGGGUUUCUUCCUUCAUCAUUGCCUUUUAGGAAAAGUUUCAGAUGUUUCAGUAUUUGAGAUUACCUGUGCUUGAAAUUCUAUCGUUUCAUUGUAAACUCUUAGGCCAGACUUUUCUGAUCUCAAAGUUCAUUCCAGUCAGUUUGUAGCUCCAGAUAAGCUGUUAGUUGACCUGAUUUCUAGUAUUGCUUCAGGUGUGAAUUUCAUACCCCUUCUGUAUAGAAUGCCUUUAUUCCCAGUCUGAAUCUUUUACAAGAUGUUCUUCUUGGUCGGCAAGAAUGAAAAUCUGAGUUCUCUGCUUAUGAAAGCUACUCUCUGGCUAGAACCUAAACGGUUCACAGAAAAAGACCUUGGAAAGAAGACAUAUUCAUGGAGAACAGAAUUGAGAACUGGGAGGUUACUUUCGUGUUAUGAUUUUUAAAUGGGGACGUGCUAGUUAGCCACCUGGAGCCCACCUCUUUGAGACAGUGAGCAAUGAAUUGUUCAUACUUGUUCAGCAAGGGAUACUGCUUCCUACACAGAUGCUGGUGACUCUCUAGAAGUACUCCAGGCAUCACAGUGUAAAAUAGUAUAGCAUUCUGUGUUAUAUUGUUGUGAAAAUGUGAAGUUUUAAAAAAUUGUAUUGUUAAAAUGAACCAUUCUUUUCCCUCCAUUUCAGAGUCAUUUUUUCAUCAAUUGUAAAGGCACUAUUCAUGGUGUUACCAAUUAGCAAUAGUGAAUUUUGCCACCGGAAGUUAAUUUUUUUGGUCCUAAAAUAAAUGUACCGUAAUAUUUUCAUAUUGUACAAAUAUGUCAACAUUUCACUGCCAAAAAUGAAAGACCUGAAUUAGACUAUUGUUAAAUGUAAAUGACUGAUUGCAUAAAAGGAAAUAUUUUUGAUGGGUUAUUUUGUAGAUAAUUGCCUUUUAUUUAGGAUACCUGUUAUACUAUCACUGUCCUCCUGUUGUUCAUCGAUUUGCUCCAGCGGGCCCAGUAACAUUGUGAGACUGGUUACUGUGUUUGGCAUAUCGAAUACGUCACGGGUAGCUUGCCAGGCUUUGCCAUGCGGGCGAGAUACUCUCGGUAGCUUGCCGGGCUCUCCAAAAGGGGUGGAGUGUAAAGAAUAUUGACCAUUCUAUCAGUUUUGGCAGUUGGAGGCAGCAAGUCACCUAAAAACGAAAUUUUCAUUUUAAAAUUUAGUUACAAGUUUUGGGGCUGGAGCAAUAGCACAGCGGGUAGGGCGUUUGCCUUGCACGCGGCCGACCUGGGUUCGAUUCCCAGCAUCCCAUAUGGUCCCCUGAGCACCGCCAGGAGUAACUCCUGAGUGCAGAGCCAGGAGUAACCCCUGUGCAUCACUAGGUGUGACCCAAAAAGCAAAAAAAUAAAAUUAAAUAAAAUAAAAUUUAGUUACAAAUUUAAUCACUAAUAUCAGAUGACUUUUUUUCAUAAGCAGCCAACAUGUUUCCAAUAGAGAUUUUAAAUGGUAUGUUUAAAUAAUUGAAUAAUUGAAUGGUAUGUUUAAAUAAUUGAAUUGUCACAAUUGAAUUGUGAAAGAACCUGGUACAUUAGUUUAUUGAUAACAUUUUUGACAUAAAAUUUUCAUGCCACUAUUAUGAUAAUCAGAUUUGAAUUAUUUGGAGCCCUUUUCCAGGUAUGAAAACAUUAACUAAAAGGAAACAUAUUUAGAACCAUUGAAGAACAUAUGAUAUUGUAUGCCAAUUCUGAUUUAAAUCUUUUAGGAAAAAAGUUUUUGUUUUUUGGGUCACACCCAACACAUUGCUCACGAGCUGUUCUAGGCCCAGUGCUCAAGGUUGCUCUAGGUGAUAUUGGGCAUCAAAUGUGGCCUCCCACAUGCAGAGCUUGUUCUCUAACCCCUUCCAUGGCCCCAAUUUUAUAAUUUUUUAUAGGUGAAAUAUAAAUUCUCACAGAGAAAGGUCAUCUCAAAGGAAAGGAAAAAUCCAUUUGAAUUUUCCCCAUUUUUCUCUAAUUUUUUUUUUCUCUUUGUUUUACACGUAGGCCAUACCUGGCAGUAACGAGAUCAAACCCAGGCUCCCCUGCAUGCAGAGUAUGUGCUUAGCCCAUUGAGUUAUCUUCCUGCCCCUUUUUUCUUGAAUUUUAACAUCUAGGACAAAUGUAGAAAAUAGAAUAUGAUAGCUUGGAAGUUCCUAGUUGUGCUGACCAUUUUCUUUUUGUUUUGUUUUGGGCCAUACCCAGCAAUGCUCAGGGGUUACUCCUAGCUCUGCCUUCAGGAAUUACUCCUGGAGGUGCUCAGGGAAUCAUAUGGGAUGCUGGGGAUGGGAAGUUGGUCAGCGACAUGCAAUACCCUACCCACUCUACAAUCUUUUCACCCCUAAUUUUCUCAUCUCCAACUUACGUUGUAGAAGAGAAAACAAUUUGAGAAAUUUAGCUUCAAGCUUCUGUUUUAUCUUGUUUGAGACAAAAGUUUAUGUCGACUAAUCCUAGGUUUUUGUCUUUACAGAUUAUUUUCAGAAAUAACUCAAAAUGCAUAGAUAAUAAUAAAUUCCUUCAUUACUCAGAGUUAUGUUGAUGGAGGAUUUUAAAAUAUUUAAGUUAAAUUUUAAAAUAUUUUAGAUUAAAAUUAAAUCUACUACUUGGAACAUUGAUAAUGGCCAUAUAUUUCUCAGUCAUAAAAGCAAAUAAUGGCUGGGAUGCAGCUCAGCAGUUGAAUGCUUUUCUUGCAUGUGUGAGGCUCAGUAUUCUAACCCUAGCACCACAAAAAGAAAAAGGAAAAAGAAAGAUUUUAUUAUGAGGCUUAAUUGGCCGAUCUCUGUAUAAAAAUCAAUUACAGGACACAGAAAUUAUAGUACAGUGGGUAAGGGCAUUUGCCUUGCAUGUGGCUGGGCCAGGUUUGAUCUUUGGCAUUCCAUUUGGUUACCCAAGCCCAUCAGAAGUGAUCCCUGAGCACUACUGGGUGUGGCCUAAAAAAACAAAAGAGAAUCAAUCAGCAGGCCAGAGAGGUUGAACAGUGGCUUGAGGUGCUUGCUCUGAGAUGCUUGCUCUGGGGUCGUUCCCAUUGCCAUAUAUAGUUCCCUUGAUCCCGCCUGGAGUCACUCUGAACCCAGCUAGUUGUGACCCAAACUUCCUCACCCCUCAAAAAAAAAAAAAAAAGGAGAACCAAUUAGGUGCUGUUUUGCAGCACAUAUACUAAAAUUGGAACAAAACAAGAUUAAGAUGGUCUCUGCAAGGAUGACACACAGAUUCGUGAUGCAUUCCAUAUUAAAAAAUAAUAAUUAGGCCUCUCUUUUGUGUUUGUAUUCUAGAAUAUAACACUACUUGGUGCCUUUACAGGUAUCCUCUUCAGUGGCUUUAGAGGUGCUGUUUGAAGUGUAAUUUAGGUUAAACCACUUACUACUCAAGUUAUUGGUGUGUGCAGACAUUGUAAAAUAUUAUUUUAUUUGUUCGGAGGCAAUGGCAAGAUUUACAUUUAUUGAAGGAAAAGGAAUAGAGAUUUUAGAUUGUGAUAAUUUUCAUAAUUUAGUGAAAUAAGAACAGUUUGAAAUUAAAGCAAAAUAAUUAAACCUCCUUAUUCUUUCCAUGAAAUAAAUUUUGAUGUGGUUUUUAUACCCUGUAAGCAAUUACUUUUGGGUGGGGGGGUUGUGCUGGAGUGAUGGUACGGCAUUUAGGGCUCUUUCCUUGCAUGCAGCCAACGCAGGUUUGAUCCCCGGUGUCCCAUAUGGUCCCCCAAGCAUGCCAGGAAUAAUUCCUGAGUGCAGAGCCAGGAGUAACCCCUGAGCCUUGCUGGGUGUGAUCCCAAAAACAAAAACAAAGCAAUUACUUUAAAAAAAAAAACAAACUUAAGUUGUAAGAAAUGAUUAAUUUGCCCUCUAGCCUAGGACCAUCUUAGUGGAAGAUAUAAAACCCUAUGUGGGGCUGGAGCAAUAGCACAGCGGGUGGGGCGUUUGCCUUGCACGCGGCCAACCCAGGUUCGAUUCCCAGCAUCCCAUAUGGUCCCCUGAGCACCGCCAGGGGUAAUUCCUGAGCACAGAGCCAGGAGUAACCUCUGUGCAUUGCCGGGUGUGGCCCAAAAAGCAAAAAAAAAAAAAAAUCCCUAUAUGACUCAGUUCCAAAAUUUGAUCUUAAAUAUUGCGGCUCCUUACCCCUGGACAGAAAUGCCAUUCAGUGACACUAGUCAGUUUGAGUGAAUUACCAUAGGUGCACAUAAGUCACCCCAAGGCUGCUAUGGAAAUCUAAUUUUAUGAUUUUUUUAAAAUCUAAACUUCCGAAGUAUAGAAGAUUGUUUGUUUGUUUUGGCUUUUGGGCCACAUAGGCCAUGCUCAGGAUCUGUUCUUGGCUCUUUGCCCAGGAUCACUCUUGCAGUGCUCAGGGAAACAUGCAGUAUUGGAGAUCAGCCCCUGAGCGUGCUGCAUGCAAAGUAUGUGGCCCAGACCACUGAACUGUUUUUGGCCCACAAAGAUCCAUAUUUAGAAACAUCAGCCCUCAAUAUCCAGCCUAAAAAUUGCUCUGACUAAUGGGACUUUUAUUUUUUAAGUGACCUAAAGAGUUUUAUGAAGGAAAUAUGAGAGAGGAGAGAAAGAGUUCCAUAAAUAAAAGGAAGAAAAAUCACACACCUCAAGCUGCCUGCGAGCAACUCCAGAAUGGAGUGCCACUAAUGGAACUUUCCAUGUUGACCUUUUUCUUAACCAUCGUACCAAUUUCAUUAUAUUUUUAUUUUA